UACCUCUCUCUCCUUUUCUUCUUCCCCAAUUCAUUCUCUUCAAUUCUACUCUUUCUUUCGCAAAACUCAAAACCCUAACAAUGGCAUCAGGCGGAACCGAAGCCUUUCCAGAUUUGGGUAAACACUGCCAGCACACCGGUUGCCACCAGCUCGAUUUUCUUCCUUUCACCUGCCACGGUUGCCAAAAGGUGUUUUGUUUGGAGCACAGAUCGUACAAGUCCCACGCGUGCAAGAAUUCCGACCACAACAGCAGAAAAGUGGUUGUCUGCGAAACGUGUUCCAUGUCCAUAGAGACCACCGGCUACGUGGGACAGGACGAGGAGGCAAUCUUGGAGAAGCAUCUCAAGUCUGGUAGCUGUGAUCCCACCAAGAAGAAGAAACCCAUUUGCCCUGUGAAGCGCUGCAAGGAGGUUUUGACUUUCUCCAACACCAGCACCUGUAAAACUUGCCACAUCAAAGUGUGUCUCAAGCACCGUUUCCCUGCUGAUCAUGCUUGCAGCAGAGGAGUUUCAGCUUCUUCUUCCUCAUCCUCUGUUGCUGAUGGUGGAUGGAAGAAUCGGUUUCUCGCUGCUUUAGGUUCAAGGGCUGGACAGGACUGUGCCAAAACUGGUUCAUCUCGUUCUACCUCUCCUCCUUCCACUCCUUCUGUCAAGGCCUAUUGAAUGGAAUGUUAUAGUAUGUUCCAUUCCAUUGCAAUUUGAAUGUUCAAAUUUACACCAUAAACUACCAUAUGGAUUUUUUUUCUUUCUUAUUUAGAUCUCAUGUGAUAGCAUAGCACACAUCAUUGUUCCUAUUUAAACCUUUUCAAUGUACAUCCUUGCUUAUAACAAAUACUAAAAGGUUUCCUUCCAUACA